UGUGUUAAGGUCGUCUCGAAAGUGCAGCAGAUAGAUGAUGUUAUAGGUGUACCAUCGGUGGUAGGGCGAAGUGUCCCUCGUUUGCAUUUCCUUUGGUCGGUCGGCCGCCGCCGCUGCCGUCGUCGAUCGGUCGGCAGUUCGCACAGAGUCCACUCCGCGGUGAAUGUGAAUAAGGUUCCGUUUUCAUUUCAUACGCCGUCUCUAUAGUGUUAUAUUUUAUUUUAAUCAUUGUCGUUCGUUUCGUAAGAUUACAUUCGAUUUCAUCGUUAUCCGACUUCUUCAAACCACACAAUAUGUCUAGAAGAACCGAUUUGGAUAUUAGCGAUGACCAGAGAUUCGCUUUGAUGAAGUUGCGAAGAAGCGUUGCAGACUUAAAAUUGGAUGAAAAAUACGACGACUGCUUUUUACUAAGAUGGCUUGAAGCUCGAAACUUCGAUCCAAAAGGAGCAGAAGAAAUGUUGAGAACAUCAAUGAAAUGGCGGGAAGAGUGGUCGAUCAACAAGGACGAUGGCUGGCAGCCACCCCAAGUGCUGGUCGACUACAUGCCGAGCGGUAUCAGCGGCUUCGACAAGGAGGGAUCGCCCGUUGUUGUGCUUCCAUUCGCCGGGUUCGACGUGUGUGGCCUACUCAAAUCAGCCCCGCCAAAAGACAUGGUCAGGUUCUUAGCACAAAAGCUUGACUCGUACUUAGAAGUUGCCAGGCAAUCGUCGUUGAAACACGGUCCAAAAGCAUCGCAGGUGUGCUGUAUCGUCGACCUGACCGACUUUAACCUAAGACAAUUCACUUGGAGACCAGCGGCAGAAAUGACAAUCAACUUGUUGCAAAUGUACGAGGCCAAUUACCCAGAAAUAUUGAAGGCAUGUCACGCGAUUAAUGCUCCCAAAGUGUUCACUUUUGCAUUCAACAUACUUAAAAACAUACUUACCGGCAACACAAUGAACAAGUUUAUAAUAUACAAAGCGGACCCGAGUAAGUGGAAACCUGCGUUGGCCAGCACAAUCGACAGCGACCAGUACCCAGCGUUUUUGGGAGGCUCCCUGAGGGAUCCCGAUGGCGACCCUAGAUACUUAACCAAGAUAAAUCAAGGAGGAAAAGUACCAAAGGAAUUAUACUCAAAAAAUGACAAAAAACUUACAAAUUCUGAUGACAUGACAUUAGUAAAUAUUAAAAAAGGCGAUAAAUUAUACCUGAAAUACACAGUUACUGUACCACAAAGUUUUCUGAGGUGGCAGUUUAAAACAGAGGGACAUGAUAUCAAAUUUGGUAUAUUAGCAACGGAUUCAGAAAAUAUACAAACAGUAAUAAUGCCAAUAAAGAAAGUCGCAUGUCACGAGUUCGAAGAAAUUGGAGUAAUCAAAUGCAAGCAUCCUGGAGAAUAUACAGUAGUAUUCGACAACAGCUACAGUUUCAUACGUGGCAAAAAACUCGCAUACAGCAUUCGAAUUGCACUGCCUGUAAAAGAAAAAACCAUCGGUACAAUCGAUAAGAUGGUGAAUAUGGAAGAAUAAGUUACAUAAGAACGGUGUAAAAGUAUAAUAGCAUUUAAUGACUAAUAUUAAUUGUAAGUCGAAUUGUAUUAUAUAAUACCUCUAUCAGAACGAGUGGCUUAUUUAGGGGUUUUCCGCCUAGAGGCACUUUCCAAUUUACCGCCUUUCCCUCCCUAUCCCUCCUAAAUAUAUUUAUAAAACAUUUGAAUGUAUAAUUCGUUAUACUAUUAUCUUAUAUAAAAAAGAUUUAUUAUUAAUGAAAAUUAAAUUGCAUCACGUAAUAUCUUCUUUUGCAAUUUAAAAAUUAAUUACUCUUAAAACCUUAUAUUUUUCUUCUAUUUUUUCCUCGGCAAAUGCAUCGAUUCAAUCAUCACAAUUUAAAGUCGACAGUAAAUUCCACUUUGAUAUUUACUAUACUGUCUAUAUUAUUAUAUUUUAAUCCACAGUAUGAGAAAUCGAACCCACACUCUAUGCACGCAUUUUUUGUUACCUAUGUGCAUAGUGCGUACUGGUUCGUACCAUAUUGCGUACUAAGUGUAUAAUAUGUAGCUGUUUAAUUAUUUUGAGUGAACGGAUGCAAUUAAUUAAACUUGUAAUUAUAAAUUAUAUAAUAUAUAAUUUAUGUAAAAACAAUUUUUUUACUCAAAAAAUUAGUAAAAUUUAAUUUCAUCAAAUAAAAAAUAAUUUUAGUAAUAUUGUAAAAAAAAAAUUGCCACCCUCCAAAUGUCACUGCUCUAAGCCCGGACGUAUAGGGCGUAAUAUGCCUCUGAUCAGAACCAAAGAACUUUAAAUCAAAUUAUAAAUACUUGUUUACAAUUGAAAUUUUAAAUAUAUGCUCAUACUAUGCCUGGUUACGCUUAGAAAAUGUAAAAUAAAUUGAUAUUUGUCAUUCUAUAACAUAGAAUCUAUAUGUUAUACAUUUAACAACAUACAGCCAUAGAAUCAAUAAACACGGCUAUUGUUAAAAUUUUAUCAAAUUAUAUUUUUUGGAUCCACACCCUGCACGUUCAACCAUAAAUCAGAUUUUUUUAAAUUUUUUUAUACAUCUAUUUUAUAUAUUAUUUUUUUGAUAUUUUUAUUCUAAUAGAAAAAAAAGACGUGAAAACUCGAGAAUAAUUUGUAUAUGUUUUAAGGUACAAAAAUUAAAGCUUUCAAUAUAAAUAUAAGGUACCUAAUAACAUUUUCAACAUUUAUUAUUUUUGAUAUAUUUUUUGAAAUUCCAACAAUAUAUUAUUGACAGUUAUUUUGUUUCCGUGUAUAUUAUUAUAUUAUAAUUAUGUUAUAUAUAAAUAAUAUAAUCAUGUUAUAGUAUAUUUUUCACAAUAAUUAUGAAAAUAAAACAAAGGACCUCUUAAUUAUUGAUAAGUGAUGCAUAGUUGUUAAUUCAAUACUAUCUAAGAACUUCUAUGAAUUUAUAUUUAUUAUAAAUAAUUAUCAUUUUUGUUAAUCAUAUAAGUAUAAUGUUGUUGAAAUUUUUUUUCCAAAAUUUAAAUUCUAUUUUUUAUUAUUAUUAUUUUUUUUUUGAGAGAGAGAAUUAUGUUAUUAAGUUCUUACGUCAUAAGUAUUCAUUUUCUGAAUGUUUGUAUUUUAUCUAUGUAUAAUUAUUAUGUAAUACAAACCAUGUAAUAUUAUUAUUCUUAAUAUUUUAUAUCUUCAGUUUUAUAAAAUUGUUUUAAUUAUUCUUUAUUAUUGUAUAUUUACCUAUUUUUUUUAUAAUUAACUACAAUAAAUAUUUCAUUUUUUU